CCUCUUGGGAGGAGCUGAGGGCCCGGCAUUUCCGGGAACGCCGCGUGGUGUUGGCCGCUAGUGCGCUUUUGGCAUGGCGUCUUUUGAUGUCCCAGCCGGGCCGCUCCUGUCGCUGAACCCUCAGGAAGACACCAGGUUUCAGGAGGAGGUGGCGCACGUUCGCCGGCGCAUAAACCGGACUGCAAAGCGACAAGAGCAAGAAAAACUUAAACCUGGAGUAAUCUAUGUGGGCCACCUACCCUACGCACUUUAUGAAACCCAGAUCCGAGCAUAUUUCUCCCAGUUUGGCACUGUUACAAGACUCAGACUGUCCAGAAGUAAGAGGACUGGAAAUAGCAGAGGCUAUGCCUUUGUAGAGUUUGAGUCUGAGGAUGUUGCCAAGAUAGUUGCUGAUACAAUGAACAACUACCUUUUUGGUGAAAGACUCUUGCAGU